AUGUUGAGGUUCAAGGCUGUGAAGUGUCUCAAAUGGAAAAGAGCGGCGUAUCAAGUAAAUGAAAACCACCACUACGCAGCCUUGUACAGUUGUAAGGAUUUCCCCUGUCAGAUAUCCGGGGGUUCCGUGUAUGUAAACGUUGUUCUUUCCAAUCUUUUGAACAGUUUCCUGCGCAGUAGUUUCCGAAUUGACUUCAGUCUUCGAAGCACUGACCUAGAAACUUGCUAAUGAUUUGCCAGUGGUUUACCCGAGCUUGGUGUUCUCACGAGAUGAUUCUCGACAAAUUCGAUCUUUCUACAGAGGUAGAGAAAGUUCAAAGGAUUAGACAGAACAAACCAGCUGAAGCAGAUCCUCUUCCAAAUUACGUUGCUCAAAUUGGACAUAUUAUGGAUUUGGGUGCGGGUGGUAAUCCAAGUUUGCCAAAGGGCUUGAGGGAGUGCGAUGCAAGAUGUGACAAGAUUUCGAUUGUUUUGAAUAGCGUUGGUAACGCUUUAAACCUUAGAAGAGAUAGAGAGGCUUUGCGAAUGUAUUCUUCAGACCACGAAUGUUAUCGCCAGCUUCUCACAGUCGCCAUCGCUGCAGGAGAUCCUUCCGCACUGUGCUGUACUGGACGAGCCUUAGUGAUAGGAACCCGGAAAUCUUGGUUGUGUGAACCAAGGACAGAUGCCUCCGGUCAAAGCACAAGUAUGCCUCUGCUUCUCCUUGACGAGGUUACACUCGACAAUAGCCCAUCUUCAAACUGGAUUCAGCUUCCAGGUUUCUUUCUUGAAAACCAAGAAAUCCCCUCUGAAGAUUGCCUCACAGCUGCGGUGUUCAUGACUCUCCAGUGUCAACAUCUGGGGAUGGGAGUAUCACCCGAAGGAAGUCACAGAAGAUUAGGUGCCGGUCCUGAAUAUCGAUACUGGAGAUAUCACAUCGACAAAGGAGAUGCUGAGUUUUCGCAGUUCACAAGAACUGUAUCAGCAGUACUUCAUUGUGGGUUGAAGUGGAUGUUGAAGACGGCGAAGCUUGGCGGGUUCCCUAAAGGUUUACUCGAGGACUGGAAGACAGAUGCUACAAAUUACUUCUUUGGAGGAUUUGACAUCCAAGAACUAAAGACAGUCCAGUGGUCUUCAUCGGAUGUCGGUAGGCAUGGAGUUGAAAGUGUUCUGCGUUUCUCGAUUUGGCUGAUGUCUUGGGGUGUGUUGGCUCCGGAAGUUGAAACCCCCAUAGGUGAUAUUUGGAUGCCGACCAUUUAUUCCAGCGAGGGUGGCGGAAAGAUAAUUGCCUAUUCCACAGUAGCGGUGUCCCAUGGAAUUGGAAAGAAAUUUGAAAUGAGGGAUUCGGAACUGUUUCUACCUAAAUGUUUGUUAGCAGACGGGUAUGGAUCACUUUCUAGGGGUUGGAAUCUCAAGCCCAAAGGCUUCGGGACCUCAGCCGAGCUUGUCAAAGACCUCUCGCUAGAUGAUUUACAAAUUUCGCCAAGAGAAGACAGGAUUAUGGAGAGAAAAAUACGACUUUUUGGUGAUACUUCCCUUAUCGCUUCCCACGGGUAUGGGAGAGCUACAUCCCAAAUUAGAAUCCAUGGGCCGGAAUAA